CAAAGGCCUUGCACUUGCUAGGUGAGGAUCUGCCUGGGGCUGAUCACCAGCACACCCCCGUUCCCCCCCCAUUAACCACACACUCACACUCUUCCAGGUGCCAGACUGGUCGGCAUGUCCUUUUCUUGGAAUGCCCCAUUUGGGAUGUGGUCCUCAGAGUAGGGCCUGAUGUUGCCACGGAGAACAAAAUCUACAAGUCCUCAAAUCUCAGCGCUAUGCUGGUUUUGUUUUUCUGACUGUGGCACAAGACUCCCCUGGUCUUCCAGUACGCUCUGUGAUCCAGUGUUGAGUCGUUUAAAUGAAGCCAGCCUCGUCUACCCGUAUGUCAAAGUUCUCCUUGAUGCCAUGAAACACUCAGGUUGCGCUGUUAACAAAGGGAGACACUUCUCCUGCGAAGACUGUGACGGAAACGUCAGCGGAGGGUUCGAUGCCUCAGCGUCUCAGAUUGUUUUGUGUCAGAAUAAUAUCCGAAAUCAGGCUCACAUGAGCAGAGUCGUAACUCACGAGCUCAUUCACGCCUUCGAUCAUUGUCGGGCUCACGUCCACUGGUUUACCGAUGUCAGACAUUUGGCAUGCUCAGAGAUUCGAGCUGCAAGCCUCAGUGGAGACUGUUCACUCCUGAAUGAAAUCUUCAGGUUGCAUUUUGGAUUAAGACGACACCACCAGACUUGUGUGCGGGACAGAGCUGCUCUUUCAAUCUUGGCUGUGCGGAACAUCAGCAGAGAAGAGGCCCAGAAGGCUGUGGAUGACGUUUUUGAGUCUUGUUUCAACGACCGUGAGCCUUUUGGCAGGAUCCCCUAUACUAAGACGUAUGCCAGAUACGCUCACAGAGACUUUCAGAACCGUGAUCGCUAUUACUCGAACAUAUGAAGAUGGUGGCCGUCUGUAUCCCUGAGCCUCAGGACCACGAGGGAGAUGUCCUCAGGCACAGAGCCUACAAUCGUAUGGAAUAAAGUGCAGAAGGAGCUGGCUUCAGCAUUUGACUAUAAAAAGUAAAUAUGGCAAAAAAGGAACUCCUUAAACUGCAAGGCAAAAUUGGAUCUUUAUAGUUAAUCAUUUAGUAAAUAAGGGGAAUAAACGACAUUUUUAUAUUUUC